AUCGACUACUUCCAGUUUUUGUAUAAUUUGUAAAUUGUGUUCUGCUUCUGUUAAAACAGCGCCAAUAUGCACGUGUAAAUUAAAUAAAGCGGCGAUAAUUGGAACUAAGCUAAUGGUGAAAUCGGUGGGGGGGGGGAGAGGUAGUAGUAGGGUAGAUUCCGGUAGAUACUAUACAUCUACCUACAAGUACCUACUAUAUCCAGAAUCUAUAUGGGUAUACAUGAAGGUAUAAUUAUAUAUAGACUCUCUUGCAAAAGUCGAAGCUCUAUGGUUUUCCAAAACAAAAUGCUUAAUAACCUUAAAAAGUUUGAUGUCAGGUUGUACCUAUGAGUCCGGCAAUAAUGUACUUUAACACGUAAGAAUCACGUCGAAUGCAUCAUCCCAUCUUGUUAAUAAAAAAUGGUUUUUAAUGAGUCGAAUAACGAAGGAGACUUUUCUGUCUACGACACACGUGUUUUAAUUCUAUAAACUUCGAGUGUUACUUUAUGAUAACGACUUUAAGAUGAAAUUAGUUGCCAAAAAUGUUGACAAAGAUGGUGAAGGGAGCGUUUCCCUUGUCCCUGAAAAUACUGAGGAUAUGUGGCAUGUUUACAAUCUGAUCAGCGAGGGAGAUUGUGUUAGCUGCUCCACAAUAAGAAAAGUACAAACUGAAAGUUCUACUGGUAGUUCAAGCAGCUAUAGAGUACGAACAACAUUAACAAUAAGCGUAGAAAGUAUAGACUUUGAUACUCAAGCUUGCGUUUUACGGCUUAAAGGCAGAAACAUAGAAGAAAAUAAAUACGUAAAGACUGGUGCAUAUCAUACAUUAGAUGUUGAACAAAAUCGUAAAUUCACUUUAAAAAAACCAAUAUGGGAUUCAAUAGCUCUAGAACGUGUUGAUAUGGCAUGUGAUCCAACACAACAUGCUGAUAUCGCUGCAGUUGUAAUGCAAGAAGGUAUAGCACACAUAUGUUUGAUUACAUCAAAUAUGACAAUAGUGCGUGCAAAAAUAGAUCAAGUUAUUCCUCGUAAGAGAAAAGGCAAUGUUUCCCAGCAUGAAAAGGGACUAAACAAAUUUUAUGAGAGUAUAAUGCAAGGAAUUAUUAGACAUGUAAAUUUCGAUGUUGUGAAAUGUGUUAUACUUGCAAGCCCAGGAUUCGUGAGGGAUCAAUUCAUGAGCUACAUGAUACAACAAGCAAUUAAGUCUGAAAAUAAACUGAUUCUGGAAAAUAAAAGUAAGUUUAUGCUUGUCCAUGCAAGUUCUGGAUUUAAACAUUCAUUGAGAGAAGUCUUAACUGAUCCAGCAGUAAUUUCGCGAAUCUCUGAUACAAAAGCUGCUGGUGAAGUAAAAGCGUUAGAAACCUUUUAUACAAUGCUACAAAUAGAACCAUCAAAGGCUUUUUAUGGUAAAAAACAUGUAACAGCAGCAUGCGAAGCACAAGCUGUUGAAACUCUGUUGAUUUCAGAUAAAUUAUUUAGAUGUCAAGAUGUUGCAUUAAGGAAAGAAUAUGUGGCUCUUGUUGAAGCAGUUAGAGAGAGUGGUGGUGAUGUUAAAAUAUUUUCAAGCAUGCAUAUAUCUGGCGAGCAACUAGAUCAACUCACAGGUAUUGCAGCUAUAUUGCGUUUUCCUAUGCCAGAGUUAGAAGAUGAUGAAAAUGACAGUGAAGACUCAGAUGAAAAUGAUUGAAGUCUUUAAAUUGUAUAUUGAUUUGUAAUUUCAAUGUUUGUGCUGUGCGCAAUGAAAAGCUACCAUUAAUCAAUACAACAAUUGCAGUUCAUAAGAUUACUUUCCAGGGUUGGAAAAUAAUACUAAUACAAGAUUUGCUAUUUUAUUUUAUUGUAAAAAAUAAAAAUUUGCUAUAUUUAUAAGAGUUUAAUACUGACAGUAUAUGUGAUUAGAGAAUUUACUUGAUAAAUCGUUAAAAGAA